CGUUUCUUUGUGCGACGUGACCGAGAAAUUAGAAGCCAUUACAACGAGUCUAGAAGGCACCUACGUGGUCACUAGCAAUGGUGCCGCCGAAGCAUUCUAUCGAUUAUAGUAGAAGCCCCCGGUCAGUCUGCAAGGGCCCCGCUCCUUGCAAUGGCGCACCAAUUUCGGUCGGAAGUUUGAGAUAUGGGCAACUUGUUCCAGGAGAAUAUGGUGAAACAGUUGCCUGGCGUCACUGGGGAUGUGUCACUCCAGAUAUCUUGAGAAGCCUUGCAGUAGUGGACCAAAGCACAAUAAUCGGCUUUGGUAACAUUCGUCCGGAGGAUCAAGCGAAGGUCCGGCGAGCGAUGGCAAACCAAAGAGUAGAUCUAUCGGAUGUCCCCUUGACUGCCAAGGCAACUAUCCGCACUGCGGCUCAUGUUGCACCUUGCACCUCCCAAGCGCCUGCUCCAGGUCAGAAAAAGCGCAAAGCUACGUUUGAGCAGCCAGCGCCAGCAAACUCUCAGCUGAGCUCUGUAAAGCCGGCUAUACGGUCCACUGUUAGAUACGAUGAGGAUGAGGACGAUGAAGUCACCAUCAUCGAGUCCGACCAUGUAGAUGUCUUGUAUUGCACGUUGAGUUCCAGUAUUGUCGGUGUACAAUACUACAAGGGCCUCGUUGGUCCUGGGGAGGAAGUCAGGCUGGUCAGAGAGCCGCAAAACAAAUACGACAGGAAUGCUAUUGAGGUCCAGAAUAUUGGGGGUACUAAGGUCGGGCAUGUACCGAAGCAGACGGCUGCGAAGCUCGCCCCUUUGUUGGAUCGCGGCAUGAUUACCAUCGAAGGUGUGAUGCACGAAGGAAACUUGUCUGGAUUUAGCUACUCACUCUCGAUGACACUGAAGAUUUAUGGUCCGUCUGACAAGAGGGACCAGCUAGAACCUCAGUUAAUUUGGGCUACUCCUCGUCAGCGCGGGUUUCCACCUCGCGGAGCUGGAGGCGCGGCUGGACAAGUACCAUUUACUGCAGCUGCAGCUGCAGUGGCAAGCUCAUCCUACACAUCUCAGCCGACGUCAAGCCAAAGGCACGGAAACACAGCAACGCAAUCGAAGGCCCAGCAAGAGGCUAUUAGAAAGCAGCAAGAGGCCGUGAGAAAGCAGCAAAAAGCAGCUGAGCUCAAGCAGAAGUUGAGCGGUCUAGAGAAAGUAGACGAUGAGGGAAGACGUGCCUCUCUUCUAGAUGAUUUAUGUUCUGUCGACGAUAUUCUCAAUCUUCCGAUACAUCCCAACCCCCCUGGCGUUGCCAGCGGUGACUUGGUUGUUGAUUUACUCAAGCACCAGAGCCAAGCCCUGCAGUGGUGCAUCGACCAUGAAUACCCGUCUUUGCCCACUAAGGAGUCCGACAAGCCAGUUCAGUUUUGGCAGUACAAAAAAGCUGGCUCGAAGCCCUAUUACUUCAAUAUCGCAACGAAAACUCCUCAAGAGAUAACAUCACCUCCUCUGCUUGGCCGCGGUGCGAUCCUUGCAGAUAGCAUGGGGCUGGGGAAAACGCUUACCAUGCUGGCUCUUAUUCUUGCAACAAAGAAGGACGUUCCCACUGGUCAUUCGAAGAGCACACUCAUUGUUGUUCCACUUUCGGUCAUAUCUAACUGGGAGAAACAAAUUGAAGAACAUUGUGUCAGGGGUGCAAUGUCGACAUAUACCUACUAUGGCGCAACACGCGACAUGACACCCAAACAACUCUCGCAGUAUGAUGUCGUCAUCACAACGUACCAGACGGUCACUGGAGAAGCUGACGUUUCUGCGUCCACGGCUGGCGAUGGACCAUCUAAGAAGAAAAAGAAGGUUGAGAGGGCGCUGUUCGAGGUGAAGUGGAAGCGAGUCAUUCUUGACGAAGGACACACAAUUCGUAACCCGAAGACCAAGAUGGCCAAAGCUGUUUGCAAACUCACGGCGCAACGCAGGUGGGCGUUAUCUGGCACCCCCAUCAUUAAUUCUCCAAGGGAUCUUGGGUCCAUCUUGACUUUCCUUCAGAUUUGUCGUCCGCUCGACAACGAGGACUUUUAUAAGCGUCUGCUCCUACGUCCUUUGAAGGAUGGAGAUCCCUCCGGUGCAGAACUGCUGCGAGCUCUGAUGAGUCACGCCUGUAUUCGUCGCACGAAAGAGAUGCAAGACAGUUUGGGGAAGCCACUUGUGCCUUUACCUCCGGUCGACAUUACCGUCAUUCCGGUUCCAUUGGGAGAUGAAGCACGAGCUCUCUAUGAUGCCAUCUGGUCAGUCUCUCAGCAGCGGGCGCAGAAGUUCAUGAACCAACAAGGUGGGAUGACUGCUAUGUUCACGACAAACAUCCUUAGCAUGUUAACACGCCUACGACAAGUGGCUCUACACCCAGGCCUUCUUCCUCCGAACUACUUGGAACAACUUCGUGCUACAGAGGAUAACGAAGAAUCUGUACGUGCCGCUCUCCCGGUUACUCAAGAUCAGAGGCGCCAUCUGCAGAGUCUCCUUGCCCAAGCUAUUGAAGACAAUGUAGAGUGUCCUAUCUGCUUCGACGUCCUAAAUGAUCCGAGGAUCACAGCUUGUUCCCACCCGUUCUGUCUUGCAUGCAUUUCUGAAGUGAUAGCCAGAGACCCGAAAUGCCCUAUGGAUCGCCGUACCAUUGGAAUGGGUGAUUUAAUCGAACCACCACCUCCCACUGAACUUACUCAAGCGCCUGUUCGUCGUGAUGAGAACGAAACUCAUGACACACUCCGAACCGGAUCGUCUGCAAAGAUUGAUCAGUUGAUCCACCUUCUCCAACUGAUCCCUAGCGACCAGAAGAGCCUUGUUUUUUCCCAGUUUACUUCAUUCCUGGAUAAGAUCGGCGAGGCCCUCGAGGAGCAUGGCAUUCCGUAUGUGCGGUUCGAUGGUCAGCUUUCAGCAAGGCGACGGAAAGAAACCCUUGAGAGAUUCUCUAUUCCACUUGAAGCUGAAGAAGAUCUGGCGGUUGACGUCGAGACCCCCAUUCCGUCAAGCAGAAGACGUACGUCGACACACACAACCCUAGUGGAAGAUGAUGUCCUUUUGGAGAACGAUGAUUCCAGUUUGAUCGUAGAUGACGACGACGACGACGACGACUUUGAGGAGGAUCUUUCUACCAGGGCAAAGAAAGGGAAGGGAAAGUCGAAGCCUAAGAAUAAGGGUAAAGCGAAAGCAAGAUACGGCACACCAACUAGCCAGAAAGCUAGACUCGAUGGCUCCUCUUUUGGAGGCGAGAUCCCCAGAGUGAUGUUGAUUUCCUUGAAAGCUGGGUCAUUAGGUCUGAACCUCACUGUCGCCAACAAUGUCAUUUUGAUGGACCCCUGGUGGCAGGAGGGUAUUGAAAGUCAAGCAAUUGACAGAUGCAAUCGUAUCGGACAAAAGCGACCAGUUCACGUUUACCAACUUAUCGCCGAAAACACCGUCGAGUCCAAAGUCAUUGAGAUACAAGAGAGAAAGAAGCUUCUGAUUCAACAGGCAUUUGCUGGGACUAAACGUACAGAAACUCAAAGACAAAAGAAAGAAGCUAGAUUACAAGACAUCAUGGAAUUUUUUGGUGGCAUUCGCCAGCAACCUGGACUUUGAAUUAUUUUGUCAGCAAAUCAUCGCCAUUGAUCAUGAUACCAAUAAUUCAACACUAGUCGAAGCAGUACUUUAUCAGUCGCCACCUAUUAUAGGACAAUGGACGGUCAACGCACAAUGCUUGAAUAUAUUUUGAUUUCGGAGAAUAUGCCCUGUGAUGAAGUGUGCAGAUGCCGCGGAAGAUGCGAAAGGG